GCAGAGACGUACCACGUGGUCUCUCCUCGACCAACCUCUCCUCAGCCAACUUCGCCAAUGUCUGCGACCUCCACAGCCGACAUCGAAGGCUUCAAGGUCAUGGACACACCUCAGCAGACAUCCAGGGUAAAGCUUUGGCAACUGGUGCUGUUCUCGUCUUGCCUUGGCGUGCUGGCUCUGUCCACACUGGGCGUGGUCGCGGAGACAGUUGUCGGCCUUGUACGGGGCAGGCCUGUUGAGAUGGACGAGCAAGAGAAGCCCUGGGUUUUGCCCAAAGAUGUCGACUGCAAGGUGGACCAGUGGGCGUUGUCGCAGGAGUGGAGCGACGUGAAGCUGGAUGUUUGCUGUGGGCAG